AUGUGGACGACAUCAAUGAGGAGGACGAGAUGUACGCGUGUGUAUGCGUCGCUUCGAAGAGGGUUGGAUGCGCGGAAGGGAAGAGGGUGGUUCGAGAGGCCGAAGGAUGGAGGCGAGAGGACGAGAAACAGUAGGUGGAAGCAAAGGACGGCGGUAGGUAGCAGUGGCUGGCAGGUCGAGGGUGGCAAAGGAGUAACGGCAGCGGCAAGCAGCAGCGGCGGUGGUGGUAGUAGUAGUAGUAGCAACAGCAGCGGCAGCGGUAGUAGUAGUAAUAGUAAUAGUAGUAAUAGUAGUAGUAAGAGGAGGUGGAGAAGGAAGAGGCAGCGGAGAAAGAGGAGGAGAAGGAGGAAGCGGAGAGCGAAGGAGCAGGAGGAGAAGGGCGGUCGGUUGAGACGCAGGAGGUGCAGGCGAAGGAGAGCGAGUCCGGUGGGUUGGGUUGGGUUGGUUUGCACCAGCACCACACCAGCACCGACAUGGUUCCAAGCGAAGGAGAGGAUGGGGUAG